UCAGCAUGGCUUCGAAGUCGCAGCGAUGUAAGUCACCAGUGAGUCAUUUUCUUCGCAGUUAAGGACAAUAUCCAAACAUUUUUUCGGCGUCUUUGUGGCUACACGGUAAACUUAUUUCGGGGAAGCAUUUGUGGGUGAAACGUUAACGUUAACAUUACAUGAUAACCCAAAUGACGGAGCUCUGACGGUCCGGCGUGGCUGAGGACGGACACAGACUUUACAGACUUUUAAAAAUAACACAAUACGGCAACGAAAGUGGCCAUAAUGUCAAAGGUGAAGGCAAAGAAGACGGACUCUCCUGCUAAAACACGACGACCCAAAUCUACGGAGCAAAAUAACACAGCGAAACAGAAAAGAAAACAGUGGAUGAAGCAGAAGUACAGAAAGAAAAAGCCUCCCCCCAAGGACCAAAAAAAGGCUAAAGCUCAGCACACGCUGCCCCCAAAAGAUGCCCAACAGUUUUCUGCUAACUGGAAAUUAUUCCAAGAGACUCUAAAGGCCAGUCAACCCGAGAAGAAGCAGCCGGUGGCGCCGAAACACCAGAAUGGUGCUCUUCAAAAAAAGGGGGCUAAGGAAAAUUCUGCUAAAAAUAUUUCCAAGAAUAGUGUCGGCCCCAGGGAGACAGACGCUGGGAAAAAAGUGAAGCACAAAACAGUUCCUAACCGUGCCGUCCACAGGGACUCUCAGGUGAACUCGAAGGCUCCGGGCGUCUCAGAGACAAAACAGCCAGCUGCUCCAAAAAGGAAAAAUGACAGCGAAAGGCCAAACGUCAAGCGAGCAGCCAAGAAAAAGAAGUGUGUGGUUGAGGAGAUGAAACCUACAGAGGCCGACCUUUGGUUCGAUGACGUAGACCCGGACGACAUCGAGGCAGCAAUGGGACCAGAGGCGGCCGAGAUCAUGAGGAAGAAGCAGGGCAUCCACAAGAACAAGGAUACAGAGAAAGCCCUGGUCAAGGAGAAUGCCUUUGAUGGCCUCACCAGAGCUGUGGCCAUUGAUUGCGAAAUGGUGGGAGUCGGUCCUACAGGAGAGGACAGCAUCGUGGCUCGCGUGUCCCUCGUGAACCAGUUUGGGAAAUGCAUCUAUGACAAACAUGUCAAACCCACAGAGAAGGUGACAGACUACAGGACGGCCUUCAGUGGCGUCCGACCAGAAGACAUCAAAAAUGGAGAGGAUGUAGCGAUUGUGCAGAGGGAGGUUGCUGAGAUCUUGCAAGGCAGAAUAGUGGUUGGACACGCCAUACACAAUGACUUAAAGAUUUUACUCUUGGAUCAUCCAAGAAAGUACAUCCGGGACACUCAGAAGUACAAACCUUUUAAGGAGGCUGUAAAGAGUGGUCGACCCUCGCUGAAACUUCUCUGUAAAAAAAUACUCAACGUUGAUGUCCAACAGGGCGAACAUUCAUCUGUCCAAGACGCACAGGCCACCAUGAGGCUGUACACACUGGUGAAAAAACAGUGGGAAUCACAGAUUAAAGCCAAGCAGAAGAAUAAAGCCUCAGAUUAGAAGAAUGAGAGAAAGCCCAAGAGUGAAACAAAGGAAUGAUCAAAGGUUUGGGUUCGUCUCUGGACGACAAAAACCACCAGGAGACCUUUUUAAAAGUAACAGAUGCUGAACACUUCCAAGCUUAUGUUAGAUCUAUCGCAACAAAAACAAACCACGAAGAAUAACAAUGAAAACGACAGCUGUCCACCGGUGUGGCUUUGGCAGCCUCAGCUCCUCAGGCGCAAUAUUUCAGGACGUGAACGAUUAUUUUGGCUGAUUUGGCAAGCCUUACAUAAACCCAGGAGUGCUCUGCUAGAACAUCUGGAGAGAGAGAAUAAGUUCUGCGAGAACAAGGCCUCUUUAUGUACACUGAUCCUUUCAGCCAUUUCCUCCUCAAGUAUUCCAGGACGUUAUUUCACAAUAUCUUAUUCCCAGAAGAUGGAGGCAGAUGUUCAAAUCACACAACAUCCACUUUCCCCUCUGGAGUGCUCUCGAGAACUCUGAAUCAUUUGUCUACUAUUGCACAAGACGUUGCCAACAUUUUGUUCUUGUGUUAUGGUUCCAGUGUUAUAUACAUUUUUUUUCCCGUUCUUUGGUCUCUCAUUGGUUUGUAAUAACUUGGUUCCCUGGUUGCCUUAGAAGCUGUUUGUUUUAAGAAGUAUGAAUAAAACAGAUAUUCUUUC